UUUGACAUGGCGAGGGGUUUCGUACUGUACUGGCAGGCACGCGAUAGGUCCUUCGUCUCAUCCGUGUGAACCCAACAUGACAUCUCACGGUGCUCAUCGCUCUGACCACAUUUUGGGAACUAUGAAACAAUAGCGGAAACCGAUGCUUAGAUGAGACAGUUGCAGUGUGUCAGGUUCACUUGCGUGAAGGUCGAAUACCUUUGAUUGCAUUUUUUUUUUAACAUUUAUUUUUUGAAGGCUGCUGGAAUGAUUCGGAGGGCUACGACUAUCAUUCGCCAUUGCGUCCUCUCUGUGCAUUUUAUCUUGCUUUUUCAUUUUUGACUAUCGUUCAGUUUUUAUUUUCUUGCUUUUUUUUUAAUGCGACCGUCAAUCUGUAUUCGACUGACUCGUAGAAGGAGACGCAGCGAAGGGACCGGCGAAUAUAAGCCUUCACCACCCGAGGAUUCGUUUAUUUAGUUAGCUAGUAAGAAACUUGAGUCCGGACACCAAAGAUGUUUGAAAAGGGGGGAAUUCUCUGCGUUCUCCUUGACAUAUUCUGCCUUGCACUUGCUGGACUCCCAUUUGCAAUUCUCACCCCCCGCCACAAUCCUUUCAAACGAGGAUUUUUCUGUAACGAUGACUCCAUCAGGUACCCCCUUAAAGAAGACACCAUAUCCUAUCAGUUAUUGGGUGGAAUAAUGAUUCCUCUUACAGUGCUUUCUAUGGUGUUUGGAGAGUGCCUUUCAGUGUAUUUAAAACGCAUCAAGUCCAAGUCAUCUGUCAGGAAUAACUAUGUGGCCUGCGUCUAUAAGGCCGUGGGCACCUUUCUGUUCGGCGCGGCCGUCAGCCAGUCGCUGACCGACAUCGCCAAAUACUCGAUUGGGCGGCUGAGGCCCCACUUCCUGGACGUGUGCAAGCCCGUGUGGGAUCGCAUUGACUGCAAAUCAGGUGGCUACAUUGAGAACUUCACCUGCACAGGGGAUAAGACAAUGGUUGACGAGGCCAGGCUCUCCUUCUAUUCUGGACACUCCUCGUUCUCUAUGUACUGCAUGCUGUUCCUUGCACUUUAUAUACAAGCGAGACUCCAGGUGGAAUGGGCGAGGCUGCUCCGGCCCACAAUCCAGUUCUUCCUGAUCGCGUCUUCCUUGUAUGUAGGCCUGUCAAGGGUGUCUGACUACAAGCACCACUGGAGCGACGUCCUUACAGGGCUGAUACAAGGAGCCAUAGUGGCCAUACUGACUGUACUGUGCGUGUCAGAUUUCUUCAAAAAGUCAGUGGAACCCAGCAAACAGGAAGAGGAAAUCCCACACACCAGCCUGCAGGAGAGCCCCACGAAUGGAAACCAUUAUGGGAGCACUCACUAAGACAUGGGAGACUGAAGCAGACCACCCAUGAGUGAGCCACCGCCACACUCGCUCUGGAACCCACGUGCAAGUCAGGAAGGAGACUGAAAGAACUCAGGAUGGACAUGUAAUUAUAUCGAAUAUUGCCUUUGCUGGACUGCUUUACCUGCAACCCAAUGCUUCCUGUGUACCCUCCACAACACCAAUAUUAUGUACAUAUACUAACAUGCACACAAAGAAAAAAAAAAUUG